UCCUGCGUCAUCGGCAAAAUCUAGGUCUUUUCGCUUUACGCCGUCACCAAGUAAUUGCUUCCCGAAUUGCCUGCCUCUUCUUAGCGAUUCCUCUCUUCGAACUGUAAUCCUAGAAUCAGUCGAAUUCGGGUCAGGCGACAUGGCGUCUUCCGACGACGAGGCCGAGACCUUGCCGGAAACCGUCUCGACCUACUACUUCGAGGACCACGACGACGAGCCCGUCUCGUUCUCCGUCCUGCCGGUGAGGUGGGGCGACGGGGAGGGCGGCGAGGACGAUGCGGCGGAGACCAUCUUCUUGCACGGGACCGCCGAUAACGGCCUCAGGAAGAUUUACAGAGAGGUCAAGUCUUGGAGGUUUGAUCUCGGCCGCUCGAGGCCUGAGGUGUCGGUGCUCUCCAAGGACAACAUCUGUUUCAAGCUCGAUAAGCCGAGGAGGAGCUUUCAGGAUACGAUCAGGACCGUGUUGAUCACGUUGCACUGCCUGCACUACGCCAAGAAUCACCCGGACGCUUCCCGAGAAGCGCUGUGGGAGCACUUGGCUAAAACCUUGGGGUUCUAUGAGGUCCGGCCUUCUGCGAAGGAUUUGCAGGACCAUGUGGUGUUAAUUAAAGAGGCUAUAGGGAGGGAUGAUGUAUUGGCGAAAUCCAAGGUUUUGAGCAAAUUAAUGGAAGAGAAGCCCCGGAAGAGGAGUAAAUCUGGUGAGAAUGUUGCAAUGCCUAGUUUUAUUGUGGAUGAUACUGAAGAUGUUGAAGAUGGGACUGCCGAGGAGGACGAUUGUUUUGAUUCUGUUUGUGCGCUAUGCGAUAACGGGGGUGACCUUUUAUGCUGUGACGGGAAAUGUAUGAGGUCAUUUCAUGCUACUAAAGAAGCUGGUGAAGAAUCUCUUUGCGAUUCUCUUGGAUAUUCACAGCAUGAAGUUGAUGCAAUGCAGACUUUUAACUGCGAAAAUUGCAUACACAACCUGCACCAGUGCUUCGCAUGUGGCAAGUUGGGCUCCUCUGAUAAGUCUUCUGGUGCUGAUGUCUUCCAAUGUGUUUCUGCUACUUGUGGCCUCUUCUACCAUCCCCACUGUGUAGCAAAAUUGGUCCAUCGCAGAGAUGAAGUUGCUGCAGAAGAUCUUAAGCUGAGGAUUGUCGCAGGAGAAAGUUUCACUUGUCCUAUGCAUAAAUGUUGUGUUUGCAAUCAAAUAGAAAACAAGAAGGAACUUGAUCUGCAAUUUGCUGUAUGCAGACGAUGCCCCAAGUCUUACCAUAGAAAAUGCUUGCCAAAGGAAAUUGUUUUCGAAGAUGAUGAUGAAGAUGAAGAUGAAGAUGCAAUAACAAGGGCAUGGGAGGGAUUAUUACCCAAUCGCGUAUUAAUUUAUUGUUUAAAGCAUGAUAUUGAUGAAGAGAUUGGGACUCCAGUUCGAAACCACAUAAAGUUUCCCAGUACUACUAUUCGAGCAAAUAGGGCUGCCGUUGGGGAGAAAAGAAAAAGACCAGUAUUGGGAUCACUCUCUACUGGAGGGAAAGGUUUAAAGAAGAAACGUGUUGCCUCAGAGGACUCCUCGAAAAGAGCUUCAGAAAAUCAGUCGCUUGGAAAGGGGAAAUCUCCUUUCACAAAGAAAGAAGGUGAAAAAGACAAAAAAGUAAGGGUAUCAUCUGGACAAGAGAUAGCCAAGAAAGUCAAAGUGACUGAUGCGUCCAAGAAAUUUCACAAGGAUACUGCCAAGUCCAGGCCUUUGGAGCCCAGCACAUCUUUUACCAUGAGGGAGCACACUUCUUUGGGUGAAAGGUUAUAUUCCUUCACGACAGAGGCGUCUGAGCAAACAAAAACAGGAGAACCAGUUGGACCAGAUAGUGAAGAGAGAAGAGCAGUGGAGCUUGCUUCCACGAAGUCAGAUGACUCACUUCAUCCACUAGAUGCUGAUACUGAGAGAAGGCUUUUGAAUCUAGUGAAAGAGGCCGCAUCUUCAGUAAGUAUGGCAGAUGUUGUGAGAAAGCAGAAUGUGCCAUCUACUCAUGCACAAUAUCUGAAGUCAACUGUUGAUAAGACAAUUACUAUUGGGAAAGUGGAGGGUUCAGUUCAGGUAUAUACUUAUGCACUUACUCAAUGCGUCAAUAAGGAUACUUUAAUUGAAAGAUUGCAUGUGCAGGCUCUUAGAGCAGCUUUGCAGAGGCUAGAGCAAGGAGACAGCAAUGAAGACGCAAAAGCUGUCUGUGACCCAGAAGUUCUAACCCAGAUAUUUAAGUGGAAGGACAAGCUUAGAGUAUAUCUUGCACCAUUCAUAUAUGGUAUGCGCUACACUUCCUUUGGUCGACAUUUUACAAAAGUGGAUAAACUUCAAGAGAUUGUUGACAAGCUCCAUUGGUAUGUUGGGGAUGGUGACAUGAUUGUUGACUUCUGUUGUGGGGCUAAUGAUUUUAGCCGCUUAAUGGCAAAGAAGCUUGAAGAGACCGGAAAGAAGUGCUCUUACAAAAAUUAUGAUAUUUUUCCACCAAAGAAUAACUUCGAGUUUGAACUAAGGGACUGGAUGACGGUCCAACUAAAAGAGCUACCUUAUGGGUCAAAAUUGAUCAUGGGGCUAAAUCCUCCUUUUGGAGUUAGAGGAGCAUUGGCGAACAAGUUUAUUGAUAAAGCUCUUCAAUUCAAACCAAAGCUCCUUAUGCUGAUUGUUCCAUCAGAAACUGAAAGAUUAGAUGAGAAAAAGUUUCGGUAUGAUCUGGUGUGGGAAGACGAUCGAUUCUUGUCUGGAAAGUCAUUUUAUUUGCCAGGUUCUGUGGAUGUGAAGGAUAAACAAAUUGAACAGUGGAACAAUAGGCCACCUUUGCUGUAUCUAUGGAGCCGUCGAGAUUGGACUGCAAAACACAGGACCAUAGCCCAAAAGCAGGGUCACUUGCCCACGAAGAGUAGGCUUCCAUGGUCAAAUGAGGACUGCAAUGGAUCACUGGAUCUUCAUUAUCUGAACGAUGACCGGAGUUUGUCACUUACAAGUGAUACCUCCAUGCCAAUGGGUAGGCCUGAAGAAACCAAAGACAGAGUCAAUAUGGCUGAAGGUCAAAAAGGGCGUUUUUCUCGAAAUGACAGUGGGAGAGAAAGCUGGGAGAGCCAGUCUACUGGGACUUCUAAGGGUAAGGCCAUUGGUAUAGGAACAAGUGGAAGAGAAAUUCAUGGGAAGUCACCUGCCAAGGAAACACCUCAUCAUCCCUCGCCUAAGUUGACAGAUGGUAAGUUGGCAUUCUACAAUCGGUCCUCUAAGCAAAAGACCAAUGGUAGCCGAACAAGUGGAAGAGAAAUUGAUGAGAAGGAUUUGACGAAUGUGGAGUCUUCGUUCAAUGAUCGGUCCUCUAGGGAAAAGGCAAGUGGUAGAGGAACAAGUGGAAGAGAAAUUGAUGAGGAGCCGCCAGCAAAGGUAACCUCUCGUCGUCCCUCACCCAAGUCGUCAGUCAAUGACCGAUCCUCAAUAUCACAUGGAGUUCCCUUUGAGAAUGAUGUCAGUGGCAUGAAUUAUCAACAAGCUGACCCACGCAUGUCUAUGUCACAUGCUGAGGACUUUUAUGGUUCGCGAGGAUCCACUCUCUCUGAUGAUGCCAACAGGAUGUAUGGACUGAACAACAACAGAUAUUAUUCAACUCAGAGAUGGUCAAGUGGUGGUGGUCCUCUUACCAAUUCUGGGGCUCAGAACUUGGAGGGUCUGCAUACGGCUCGUAUGAGGGACACUGAUAACUACAGACCCAAUGUUUCUGAACCUGAAGAGAGAUGUUGGAGGGACCUGGAGAGGCUUUCACAGGUCCGACUUUAUGGUCAGCAAGAUCCAAAUGUGUCUCAAAGAAAUUACAUGGCAGGUCAUGAUCCCAGGUACAGCCAGCCAGGGGCCUUGACAUCUACCUAUGGACUCCUGGGUUCCAUCGCCGAAUCAUCCCAGCGAAUGGACAUGUCUGCGAUGCAACGAUAUGCUCCCCGUUUGGAUGAGCUGAAUCCAAUGAGAAUGAACAAUGUGAGGCCCGAGGCACCCGUGAUUCGUGGAAACGGGUAUCUUGAUCUUAACAGGGGGCCGCAACCUGGACAUGGAGGCGAUUCUUUUGGCUUUGCUACUGGUCCUCGUCGGCCGUACUCUCAACAGAAUACUUUCGGCUGGCUUAAUGAAUAGGUGCUUGCAGAGGGUGUACUGCGGGUCUUUCUUCUCUUCAUUUCUCAAAGAAAAUAAGGGAAGUGCGAUGGCAUUGACAUAGAAUCCUUCUCUUUAAUUGAAGGCCUUACCAUCAAAGUUGUAAUUGAGAUUGAAUAACAACCACCC